AGGCAAGCUCCCUGAUUCACUUCAGCCCCUCCUUCCGACUCUCCGCCCUUGGAGGCGUUUCAAAGCUCCGGUAGCAAUGGCCCUGCAUCAGUACUAGUUAAUACCGUCAUAUUGCCGUCCAAAAGAAGCAGGUUUAAAUAUUUGAUAAACACAGACACAUCGCCAUGGCGGAUGACAGUGAAUGGAUGAAGUUGCCCAUUGAUCAGAAAUGCGAGCACAAGGUGUGGAAGGCCAGAUUAAAUGGCUAUGAAGAGGCAGUGAAGCUUUUCCAGAGUAUAGAGGAUGAGAAGAGUCCCGAAUGGAGCAAAUACCUGGGACAGAUUAAGAAGUUUGUGACGGACUCUAAUGCAGUGGCUCAGCUCAAGGGCCUCGAGGCAGCGCUCGCUUACAUUGAAAACGCUCACGUCGCCAGCAAAACAACUGGUGAGGUGGUCUCUGGAGUGGUCAGUAAAGUCUUCAACCAGCCCAAACCUAGGGCCAAAGAACUAGGAACUGAAAUAUGCCUGAUGUACAUAGAGAUAGAAAAGGUGGAGAUAGUCCAAGAAGAACUAAUCAAAGGGUUGGAUAACAAAAAUCCCAAGAUUGUAGUGGCAUGUGUUGAAACAAUGAGGAAAGCUCUAAGUGAAUUUGGUUCCAAGAUCGUUUCGCUAAAACCAAUUGUGAAAUUGCUGCCAAAGCUGUUUGAGUCUCGUGAAAAAGCAGUCAGAGACGAGGCUAAAUUGCUGGCUGUAGAGAUCUAUAAGUGGAUUCGUGAUGCCCUUCGUCCCCCGUUACAGCACAUCAAUUCCGUGCAGCUGAAAGAACUGGAGGAGGAGUGGGUAAAGCUGCCAGCGACAGCCCCGAGACAGAGUCGGUUUCUGCGCUCACAGCAACACCUGAAAGCCAAAUUUGAGCAACAGCAGGCAGCUGGUGGGGAUGAGGUGGAUGGUGAUGACGAUGAAGAAGCCUCCCCUCAAGUGGAUCCUUAUGAGCUCCUAGAGGCUGUAGAGAUUCUCUCUAAAGUUCCCAAAGACUUCUAUGAGAAAAUUGAGGCAAAGAAGUGGCAGGAGAGGAAAGAAGCCUUGGAAGCAAUAGAAGUUCUGACGAAAAACCCCAAAUUGGAAAAUGGUGACUAUGGAGACCUGGUCAGGGCACUGAAAAAGGUUGUAGGCAAAGAUGCUAAUGUCAUGCUGGUGACACUCGCAGCAAAAUGCAUUGCUGGAUUGGCAGCUGGUCUCAGGAAGAAGUUUGGAACAUAUUCUGGACUAGUGGUGCCAACAAUUUUAGAGAAGUUUAAGGAGAAGAAGGCACAAGUGGUUCAAGCCUUGCAAGAGGCUAUUGAUGCAGUCUUCCUAACUACAACUCUUCAGAACCUCAGUGAAGAUAUUCUGGCUGUGAUGGACAACAAGAAUCCAUCCAUCAAGCAGCAAGCCUCAUUGUUCCUGGCAAGAAGUUUCCGCCAUUGCACUCCUUCCACGUUGCCAAAAAGUGUUCUCAAACCCUUUUGUGCUGCAUUCCUCAAGCAAGUGAAUGACUCAGCCCCCGAGGUGAGAGAUGCUGCAUUUGAAGCUCUGGGCACAGCCAUGAAGGUGGUGGGGGAGAAAGCCGUCAGUCCUUAUUUAACUGAUCUGGACAAGCUCAAGCUUGACAAGAUAAAAGAAUGUGCUGAUAAAGUGGAGCUGGCUAGUGGCAGGGCGGGGAGAGCAGGAGGGAGGACAGUGAAGAAGGAGAAACCUCCCAGGGCCCAGCCUGUAGAAGAGGCCCAAGCAAAGCCCUCUGGACCUCCCAGGAAGGUUCCUGCUUCUAAGUCUGCUGGCCCUCCAAAGAAAGGAAAAUCUGCGGCAGCAGCUGCAGGCAUCAAAGUAAAGAAGGCCCCAGAAAUAAUGGAGACUGAACUGUCUCUCGAGGUGUGUGAGGAGAGGUCUGCCCUUGUGCUUCCUGCCACCUGUAUGCAGCUGCUGGACAGCCCUAACUGGAAGGAACGAUUGGCCAGCAUGGAGGAGUUCCAAAGGGCAGUAGAGCAAAUGGAUAAAAAUGACAUGCCAUGCCAAGCUCUCGUCAGAAUGCUGGCCAAGAAACCUGGCUGGAAAGAGACCAACUUCCAGGUGAUGCAGAUGAAGCUGCACAUUGUGGGACUGAUCGCUCAGAAGGGCAGCUUCUCCAAGACGUCAGCGUUUGUGGUGCUGGACGGGCUGGUGGAUAAGGUGGGGGAUGUGAAGUGUGGGGCGAAGGCGAAAGAGGCCCUGACCGCCAUUGGAGAGGCCUGCUCCCUGCCGUGGACCGCAGAACAGGUCGUGUCACUGGCUUUUUCUCAAAAGAACCCUAAAAACCAAGCUGAGGCAUUGAACUGGCUGGCAAAUGCCAUGAAAGAAUUCGGAUUUUCAGGAAUAAACGUUAAAGGAUUCAUCAAUAAUGUAAAGACUGCUUUGGGUGCAACCAACCCUGCUGUGAGGACGGCUGCGAUUGCCCUGCUUGGUGUCAUGUACCUUUACAUGGGAGCUCCUCUGCGCAUGUUCUUUGAGGAUGAGAAGCCAGCCCUGCUCAGUCAGAUAGAUGCAGAGUUUGAAAAGAUGCAGGGCCAGUCUCCACCCACCUCCUUCAGAGGCUCCACCAGGAAGGGGAUCGAGAUUGAAGACGAGGAUGGCGAUGAGCUGGAAGAGGAGGAGGGUGGAGCCAGUGACAUCAUGGACCUGUUGCCCAGAGCAGACAUCAGUGACAAGAUUACAUCCGAGCUUGUGUCCAAGAUUGAGGAUAAGAACUGGAAAAUCAGAAAGGAAGGGUUGGAUGAGGUGGCAGCACUAAUAUCUGAGGCCAGAUUUAUUCAGCCGAAUGUGGGUGAACUUCCUAAUACACUCAAGGCCCGACUAACUGAUUCCAACAAGAUUCUGGUCCAGCAGACACUGUCUAUCCUACAACAAAUGGCCACUGCCAUGGGCCCUGCCCUGAAGCAGCAUGUGAAGAACCUGGGCUUCCCCAUCAUGACAGUGCUGGGUGAUAGUAAGAGCACUGUGCGUGCUGCUGCCAUGGCGACACUGAAUGCCUGGGAGGAGCAAACAGGCAUGAAGGAGUGGUUAGACGGGGAGGACCUCUCUGAAGAGCUCAGGAGGGAGAAUCCGUUUCUCAAGCAGGAGAUUCUGGGUUGGCUGGCAGAGAAGCUUCCCACUCUGCGCACUGCAUCCCCAGAUCUAAUGUUCCUCGUGCCCUACUUAUACACCUGCCUGGAGGACCGAAACGGGGACGUCCGAAAGAAGGCCCAGGAUGCUCUGCCUACAUUCAUGAUGCACCUGGGAUAUGAGAAGAUGGUCAAAGCCACUGGAAAACUUAAGCCUGCUUCCAAGGACCAGGUGGUGGGCAUGCUGGAGAAGGCUCGCGCCGUCAUGCCAGCCAAGCCUGCUGCUCCCCCAGCCAAAGCCGGCCCCUCAAAGUCUACCACCAGCAUGUCUGCUGGAAGGGCUGCCAAUGGGGCAGGCAAAACCCAGUGUGAAGAUUCUGGGGCCUUUGAAACCAAACCAGAAACCAAGAAAGUCAAACCAGGAGCAGCCAAAGGAAAGGGAGGUAUUGGAAAGAAGACCCCUGUCAAAAUGACUGCCAAGGAAGAGGAAGACAAGUGUGGCCCCAUCUUUAUCUUGGUUCCCAAUGCAAAAGAGCAGAGGAUGAAGGAGGAAAAAGCGCUGAAGAUCUUGAAGUGGAACUUCAUGACCCCCCGAGAUGAGUAUGUUGAGCAGCUAAAGGCUCAGAUUUCCACUUGUCUGGCUAAGUGGCUUCAGGACGAGCUCUUCCAUUUUGACUUCCAGCACCACGUUAAAGCCAUUGGGGUCAUGAUCGAGCGCAUGGAGGAUGAGAUGGAGGCCACCAUCAGCUGCUUGGACCUGAUCCUGAAGUGGUUCACACUGCGUUUCUUUGACACUAAUACCAGCAUUCUGAUGAAAGCCCUGGAAUACCUUAAGCUGCUCUUCUCCAUGCUCAGCAGGGAGAACUACCACCUCAGCGAGUACGAGGCCACCUCAUUUGUCCCCUACCUCAUCCUCAAAGUCGGGGAAUCUAAGGAUGUUGUUCGCAAGGAUGUACGCUCCAUUCUCACCAUGCUCUGCAAUUUGUACCCUGCCAGUAAAGUCUUCACGUUCCUCAUGGAGGGGACUAAGUCCAAGAACUCCAAGCAGCGAUCGGAAUGCUUAGAAGAGUUGGGCUGUUUGAUUGAGUCGUAUGGGAUGAACGUUUGCCAGCCAACGCCAGCCAAGUCCCUCAAAGAGAUAGCUGUGCAUAUUGGUGACCGUGACACCUCAGUGCGGAAUGCCGCCCUCAACACUGUGGUUACAGUGUACAAUGUCUGUGGGGACCAGGUUUUCAAACUCAUUGGCAAUCUCUCAGAGAAGGACAUGAGCAUGCUGGAGGAAAGGAUCAAGCGUUCUGCUAAAAAGUCUCCAGCUGCACCCGUGAAGCAGGUGGAGGAGAAGCCCCAAAGAGCACAGCCAGGCAACCACAACGCCAGCCAGACUCGCAGAGCGCCCCAGGAAGAAGUGCCCAAUAAGUUGAAAAUUAUGUAUCGCACUUAUAGGAUUCAGGCACGGGCCCAGAACGCUCGCGCUGAGCAGUCGCCCCCUUCGGUUCCCAAAGAGUUCCAGCUGGACCUGGACAUGAUCGAGAAUGACCACACCAGGGUCGGCGAGCUGCCCGACCUUGUGCAGCAUAAACUGGACGAGCUUCUGGAACCUGUGACCAUCCCAGAACCCAAGAUCCGUGCUGUCUCUCCCCACUUUGAUGACCUGCACAACAGUAUUGCCUCCACCAUCAACUUUGUUAUAUCACAGGUGGCAAGUGGGGACAUCAAUACAAGCAUCCAGGCCCUGGCACAGAUCGAUGAGGUGCUGAGACAGGAAGACAAAGCAGAGGCAAUGUCGGGUCACAUCGAUCAGUUCCUCAUCGCCACCCUCAUGCAGCUGCGCCUCAUCUACAACACGCACAUGGCUGACGACCGAUUGGACAAGGCUGAAAUCUUCAAGCUCUACAGCUGCAUCAUCGGCAACAUGCUUUCUCUGUUUUCCAUCGAGGGUCUGGCGCGGGAGGCCUCCAUGGGCGUGCUGAAGGACCUGAUGCACGGCCUCAUCACUCUCAUGCUGGACUCCCGGGUGGAGGACAUCGAGGACGGCCAGCAGCUCAUCCGCUCCGUCAACCUGCUUGUAGUGCGGGUGCUGGAGAAGUCGGACCAGACCAACAUUUUGAGCGCACUGUUGGUACUGCUACAGGACAGCCUUAUUACCAGUGCAGGCUCUCAGAAGUUCUCUGAGCUGGUCAUGAAGUGUUUGUGGAGGAUGAUUCGCUUCCUCCCAGAGACCAUCAACAGCAUCAACCUGGACCGAAUCCUGCUGGACGUCCACAACUUCAUGAAGGUGUUCCCCAAGGAGAAGCUGAAGCAGUUGAAGAGUGACGUGCCCCACAGGACCUUGAAGACCCUGCUGCACACGCUCUGCAAGCUUCGAGGGGCCAAGAUCCUGGAUCACCUGUCCAUGAUUGAGAACAGGAACGAGUCGGAGCUAGAAACCCACCUAAGGCGUGUCGUGAAGCACUCCAGUGACAUGUCCAUUAUGAAGUCAGACAAAGGCACAGAGAAAGGAGCCAUGCGAGUGGAUGAAAAAAUAUCCAAAGCGAAAGUGAGCGACAUCUUGUCGGAAAUCUUCAAGAAGAUCGGCUCAAAGGAAAACACUAAGGAGGGAUUAACGGAGCUCUACGAGUACAAGCAGAAGUACUCGGACGCGGACAUCGAGCCCUUCCUGAGAAAUGCAUCCCAGUUUUUCCAGAGUUACGUGGAGCGAGGGCUACGCAUGAUCGAGUCGGAGCGCGAGGGCAAGGGCAGGAUCCCGCCCUCCAACACAGUAAUUCCCCAACAUGGUACAGACAUCACUGCAUAUGUGCCAAACCCCAGCAGUACGCCACUCUGUACCAAUGGGGAGGACAUUAAGCCUGCCGUGUACUACGAGAGGUUGAAAAUACUGAGGCAACGUCACGGACUGGAAAACUCGAAGCAGCAGCAGCAGCAGCAGCAGCUGCAGCUGCAGGAGGAGGACAGGCCCCCGCUGACAUCACUGCUGUCCAAGCCCUCGGUGGCCUCCUCUACAGACAUGCUGCACAGCAAACUGUCUCAGCUGAAGGAGUCGCGCGAGCACUACCACCAGGACCAGACCCACUCUCACAGCCCCACCCGGUCCUCCUCCCCCUCCACCAAUCUCGACGACCUCAAGAAGAGGCUGGAGAGAAUAAAGAGCAACCGCCAAUGAGCCAUUCUGGCCAUUGCUCCUCUGUUGUCAUUUGUGUAUAUAUAUAUGAAAAAAGUUCUAAUUGUAUAAUAAGCAGACUCCUUUUUGUUAAAAGUAUUGUGGCACAAUUUGUUUUGUAUAUACUCCAGGCUUCCCAACCAUGCAAGCUUUCAAAAAAAAAAGUCAUUCUAGGAUUUUUGUGUACAGUUUAUCUGUGUUGGUUGCUGUAAUAUGUGUAGUGUAGUUUUUUUAAACUGGUUUUAGAGUUCUUAGUAAAUGAGAUGUUUGUCAUCAGAGUUCUAAUUUAUGUCAGUCCUUUGAUUAGUCUUUUUCUUUGGGGACUGUUUGUUAUUUAUUUGGGGAUGGGGGUUGGGGGGAAAUGCCACUUUUAAACUGCAGGGCAGGGUCUUUUGAUUUUAUUCACUGUGGGUUUUUUAAUCCUUAGGUUUAUCCUGUAUAUUCUGUAUAUUUAUUUUCUAAGGUGUCCAUAAAUGGUCCACAAAAAUAUCCAUUCUCAUGUUUUUCCUACAAAGCAACCCUAAAAAUAAUGGGGGUAGGUCCACCUUGCUAUUCCACCCACUGCAUAAGAAAAUGUACUUGCUUGCUAGAAUAGACUUUCGUUUAGACUAAAAUUGAAGGGAUGAAAGGGAUUGAGUGAACUGUAGCCAGUAGCUAGCAGAAUGAUAGCCAUCUGUGUUAGCUAACCAGCUACAACUACCAAAAAACAUUGCAAGUAAGUUUUCAUGGUUUGUGGCUACCAAGUUUAUGUGCUACAUGCAUAACUACCUAGUCUGUGACUUUUCUGCAUAUGAAUACCAUUAGCUUGACUCAAUGUAACUAUGUUUGCAAGUGUUGCGAUCACAUAAGCUACUAGCUUUGAAAUCCAUGAAUUAUAUGCCAGACAUGGAAAAUUCACAUUGAAAUGUAAUAUAGCUACUGAAAAUAGUGAAAUUCUGGUUGUAUGGAAUUUGUGAGGGUGAGAGUGAGAGGCCUGUUUAAUUGGCACAGGGAAGAUCCUGUUAAAACAAACAUUACAGCUCGGUGAAAGGUUAUUAUUUUCAAGGAGCAGUCCCUCCAGUUCUUAUUGUAAAACUUGAAGUAACGAUUCUGUCUCAGAAUCACGGUGCAUGGUAUAAAGUGAUGUUUUGUAAAUACUGUAGUUUGCAUUCUGAAAAAUGCAUAUUAAAAACAUGGUUUACUUAUGUUCCAAUGCCUCUUGCACACUGUAGCAUAUAACAGUUUCUGAUUUGUAUUUAAGAUGGAAGUAGCAUUUAAUCAUUUCUUUUUAGUUUAAGUGUAUAAUCUGUAGUGAAAUGGCAAUAAUAAAGAUAUGUUUUUUUAAAACCAG